UUAUGUUGUUUUGUUGCCGACUCACUUCGCUCAUUGCAUUAUUCUAUAAAAUUCAAAUUUGAACACAUUUCUACUCAUUUCUUGUCAAUAUAAUUCUCUUGUAUAAGAAAUUUGUGAAAGUUCAAGAAUUGUAUUAAGAUACAUCAUUAUUAGCGCUUUACUUGACACCAGCCAGCAAGCGCAGCGAAGCCGUUGAGCAACUAUUCCCCAACAGUUGACCAUAUGUUUUUCGAAACAAAAAAGAAGCAGAAUAUUAAGUAUUUGUAUUGACCGCCGCAAAAUGAGUGUAUUUGAAACGAAAAACGAUAAAUGCGGCUUCCACAAACAAUUUGCGGUGGACAUAAAUGGGAAUAAUACAGAAUUUGUGUUUCACGAAUUCGAAAACAAAUGGAUGCUGCUGAUCACACAGCUGGGCAAAUUGCCGGCAUUCUACAAUGUGGCAUUUGAUGUGAAGCGCGACCAUCGAGUGCUGCCCUUUACGCAUGGCCCAGUGGAUGAUCCAGAGUUCCAUGUCUCGGUGCCUGUGACAAUGACCUGCUGCAUGGGCGUCGACUCGGAUGAAAUACGCGGUGGCAUACAGUUUUUAAUCAAUAAGACGGCGAUCAACAAGUGUCCAUCAGAAUUACUCAUCGCGCUGGGAUUGAAGAAAAUUGAAUCGGAAGAUCUGAGAGCCAUUGCCAAAGUGUUGGAAAACGGCAUAUUUUAAGCGACGACUCUAUACCUUUUAAGCCCAAUAAAAAUUACAACCAUUUUGGAAUCACUUUAAA